CGUAUCAGGCUGCUUCCAAAGGAGUCGGGUCAAGUUAGGGACCGGUUAAAUUUUAAUUCUUAUUGCACACUAAACAGCUUAUUAUGUUUGAAGGGAUGGAACCUGCAACUUAAUCCAACAUCGCUCGUACGUUUGCUGGCGUGCAAGCAGCGGACACUUCCGCCAAAACACUCCGAGUCAGACGGCUGUGGUUAGCCAGCGGCUAGUUAGCGUUAGCUGGCGUCAGUGCGGAGGCUAACGUUAGGAUCAGAUGAGGGCACACUGAGCUGCAGAGACAGAAGCAGGAGGUGAAGUGAAGUCACUGAAGCUUUAUUGGUCUCUACUGGACUUUGGACUCGCUCACAGGGAAGCGAUGCUGCAGGUGGUUGUCAGGUCGGCUCUCACAAAAUGAGGUCAGCCAACGUUUUGAAGUUAUGUGGGUGAAAGUUCACCAGUGCGGCCGUGGCGGAGCUGAAAAGCUGGGCUCAAAUCAACGUGCUGACCGACAGAUGUGGCUGCCCGGUCAGGCUGCAGUCAGGGCCAUGUCCUCUUCAGGUGGUCCCAGCUCUCCUUACACCACGUUGGCCGUCAGUCACCCGGCAGAGUUCGUCACGCACGUGGAGCUUCACCGUCCUGAGAAACGCAACGCCAUGAACAAAGCUUUCUGGAGUGAGAUGGUGGAUUUCUUUAACGAGAUCGCUGGGAACCCGGACUGCAGGGUGGUGGUGUUUUCUGGAGCGGGGAAGAUGUUCACAGCUGGCAUCGACCUGACUGACAUGGCCGGCGACGUCCUCCAACCGGAGGGCGACGACACGGCCAGAGUUUCCUGGAACAUCAGAAAAACGAUCGGCAAAUAUCAAGAGACGUUCUCCGUCAUAGAGAAGUGUCCAAAGCCUGUUGUGGUUGCCGUCCAUGGAGCCUGUAUUGGUGGAGGUGUUGACCUGAUCACGGCCUGUGACAUCCGCCUGUGCACCCAGGACGCCUGGUUUCAGGUUAAGGAAGUUGAUAUUGGACUGGCGGCAGAUGUUGGCACUCUUCAAAGGCUUCCUAAAGUCAUCGGCAGCCGCAGCCUGGUGAACGAGUUGGCUCUGACCGCCAGGAAGAUGUACGCCGACGAGGCCAAGAGCAGCGGACUGGUCAGCCGAGUGUUUGCAGAUAAGGAGGCCAUGCUGGCCGGGGCUCUGGAGAUGGCCGUGGAGAUCGCCGCUCGCAGCCCUGUGGCCGUGCAGGGCACCAAAAUCAACCUCAUCUAUUCCAGAGACCACAGUGUAGCAGAGGGCCUGGACUACAUGGCCACCUGGAACAUGAGCAUGCUCCAGACUCAAGAUGUCAUGAAAUCAGCUCAGGCCUCCAUGGAGAAGAAGAGUCCGAAGAUGGUGGUUUUCUCCAAACUCUGAAGCUCGCUCAGGCAAAGCCCAGUUUUUAAUUUCUGUCCCGUGGCCUUCCUGUGGGAUCGAGGACGACACGUGAUUUUCACUUUUCCUACACUUUAACAGCUUGAAACCACUGAUGUAAACAUUGUGAGGGCAGAUGAUUCGUCUCCAAAGAUCUUUUCUAUUUGAUGCUAAACUUUUUAACUCAACCAAGGAAUUAAAAAGUUGGAACUUAAUUCAGGUUAACUCCUUUUCUCAUCUCUGUAUGAAUGUUAACAGUCAGUUGCUGUAAAUGACUUCAUGAAUGUUUUCUUAUUAAACUCAUCUGAAAGUC